AUGGCCAACGCGGCGCUCAUCUCCUACUGCGCCCUCUUGCUGUCAGACCGCUUGGAGCAUGAGAUUACGUUGGCACCGCUGGCCGUCAAGGCACUGCGCAGUCUGGCGCUCCUGCUGCUGCAGGAGCCCUCCCUGGUGAGCGAGGAUGCUGUCAAAGAGGCGGAGAUGGAGCCCGAAGAGGAGCAGGCACGGGGGGAGAGCCCGAGCCCAGAGAAUCCUAGAAGCGAGGGCCGACCCAGCUCCUUCUAA